AUGAUUAUUGAUAAUACAAACAGAUAUUAUGCACCAACACAAAGACAUAACACAUUGCCUAGAUUACCAUACUCGGGUAAAAGAAGUUCACAAGAUAUAAAUGUAUACCAAAAACAAGCCUCACCACAUCUAGACACAUCUAGAUCAUCCAGUAGUAGCAGCAACAGCAGAAGUAGCAGCAACAGCAGUAGUAGCAGCAACAGCAUUAGUAACAGCAACAACAGCAGUAGCUGUAGUAAUGACAUUGAAAUUGACAAACUAGAGGAAAGUGUAGUGGAGAAGCAAGAGGAGGAAGAUAGACAGAAGAAAGAGGAAGAUAGACAGAAGAAAAUUGAGGAAGAUAGAAAGAAGAAAGAGAAGGAAGAUAGAAAGAAGAAAGAGGAGGAAAAUAGACAGAAGAAAGAGCUCGAGGAGGAGAUAGACAGAAGAAAAUCGAGGAAGAUAGACAGAAGAAAAUUAAGGAAGAUAGACAGAAAAAAAUGGAGGAAAAUAGACAGCAGAAAAUGGAGGAAGAUAGAAAGAAGAAAGAGAAGGAAGAAGAAAGAGAAGGAAGAUAGACAGAAGAAAAUGGAGGAAGAUAGAAAGAAGAAAGAAAUUGAAGAUAGAAAGAAGAAAGAGGAGGAAGAUAGACAGAAGAAAAUGGAGGAAGAUAGAAAGAAGAAAGAAAUGGAAGAUAGAAAGAAGAAAGAGGAGGAAGAUAGACAGAAGAAAAUGGAGGAAGAUAGACAGAAGAAAGAGAAGGAAGAUAGACAGAAGAAAGAGGAAGAAGAUAGACAGAAGGAAGAUGAAGAGAAUAGAAAGAAGAAAGAGGAUAGAAAGGAAGAAGGAAAUAGAAAGAAAGAGGAAGAUAGAAAAAUAGAUGAAGAAAAUAUACAGAAGAAAGUAGAAGAUAGAAAGAAUAAAAAUGAGAAAAAUAGAAAGGAGGAAGAAAAUAGAGAAAAAGAUGAAGAGAAUCGAAAUGAAGAUGAUAGAAGGAGGAAAAUGAUAGGAAAUAUAAAAAAGAGAAUAAACAUAGUGGAGGAAAAUAUAAAAAGGAGUAUGAGGAGAAAAAUAUAA